AUGCAAAUAUAAGUUCCAAAAGAUGUUGUCAAACUUUAAUAUGAUUUCUAAAAUUUACUAAACAAAUAUCAUGGAUUAGAAUAGUUGUAUAUGAAGUAGUCAAAUGAAAUAUUGCAAUUAAAGAAAUAAAAUGAAAAUCUAAGAUGUAAUGUUGAGAAUUAUGAAUGUUAAAAAUGCAAAAAGUACCAGAACUAAAUAGAGGAAAUAAGAGAGGAAGCAAAAUAAAAAAUAAGUACAAUAAAUAGCUUAGAGAAUUAAUUGAAAGAAAAAUAAAUUAAGAAAGAUGAAAUCUAAGCAUAGGCAUAAAUUGAGUUACAGAAUAAAGUUAUAUACUUUGAAAGUUUAAAUAAAGAAGUAUUAGAAAGAUUGGAUAGAGUAACUAAGGACAAUUAACUAUUCGAUAUCUUAUUGAGGGAGAGGGAUCAAAGAAUAGAAUCUCUGAGUGAAGUUAUUCAACAAUAAGAGCUUCAGAUCUAACAGGAUGCAGAAAAUGAUAAUGCCUGGAAGGAGAAGUUUAUAAAAAUCAAUAAAGAUUAUCAUAAAUUACUACUAGAAUAUAACUCAACAAAAGCUGAUUUAGAAGCUUUAUAUGUCAGUUAAAGAAGAUGA